CCGCCACUCGGCUUUUCCUUCACCACCAUAAACUCCUCAUUCCCUGUUCUCUAUCCUCCUUCUCUACACUGCAUUGCACUACACUUCCCUUUUCCAUGGCUGCGCCUCCUCUUCUGCGAGGCCUGCCCCUUCUCCGCCUUCGCCUUUUCCUUCACAACCACCAUGAACUCACCGCCGUCUUCAUCAUUCCUGUCCGGCGUCGCUUCUGCUCAGCGGCCUCUUCUGAGUCCACUCGCUCGGAGGAGGAUGUAUACUCGUCGGCGAAUGAAUUGUUGAGGGUUAAAGAGCCUCCCAAAUUAUUCGACGGAAUAGAUGAGCUUAAUUACAGAAAAUGGAAAGAUAAAGAAGAUGAGAUUCUUCGGGAUAUUGAGCCUGUAACUUUUCUUGCCAAAGAUAUUAUCCACUCUAAUAGGUACAUGGAUGGGGAACGUCUUACAUCUGAUGACGAAAAAGUUGUCAUAGAGAGGUUGCUUGCUUAUCAUCCUCGUUCUGAAGAUAAAAUUGGAUGUGGACUAGAUUCAAUUAUGGUGAAAUCAUCGAUAAAAAGGAUAAAGUACUUGUUAUCACCAAGAGAUAAAGUUCGAUGAGGUCCACAAACGUUUGCAAUUUUUUUAUGCUCUCCACACGUUCUCCUUCGAGAAAGGCAACUUAUGUUGCUUGCCAAAUUGACAAGACUCACAAAGAUCAUUAGAUAUACAAAUUGCAUUCUUGUGAUGUUCAUUGAGAGCAAUUAAAGUGUCCAUACCUCCUAUGCUAUAGCCAUGUGUCUGUUGAGUUUGCUGCAUUCACAUUCUCUACUGCACUUCAAUAGAAAGCUUUUGUUUUCCAUCGAGACUUUUACAAUCUCUUUCUUAUUCGAGUCAAUGAUAGUUCAAUGGUUAUUCUCAAAGAUAAGUUAAAAACCAUUGUUAACCAUUUGAGCAACAGUAAGCAAACUCUCAUUCAAAUCUAGAACAAGGAGGACAUCAUACCUUUCUUGGUUUGAACACCAGCGGACUAUACAAUAGCACCAUUUCCCAUACGAACUGGAACUUUGAUGGAAGAGUUAAAUUUGCAAGAUAAGCUUGAAUUGAUUGUUAUGUAGGAUGUGCACCCACUGUCAAUAACCAUCUUUCUUUGCUGCUACAGGCGCUCAUUGCUUGACGUGCAUAAAACAAGUGAUGAGGCCAUACUUUAACUACUAAAUUUGUUGAUUUGGUAUUCAAGGGUCAUGGGCUAAGCAUCACCACUAAUUCAAUAUGCAAGUGCUUGAUUUAAAUUGAACUAGGUUUUUUUGCUUAGCCCGUGACCCUUGGAUAAAAAAUUUAGCAUAUAAAAUCUAAAAUCCAUCCUCUUUAAAUUGCUAAGUAUGAUUGGACACACGCGUAAAAUGUAAGAAGAAAAACUAAAUUUGGGGGGGG